AUGGGCCAAGGUCGCCUCGACGGUAAAGUUGCCAUAGUGACAGGAGGAGCCAGCGGUUUCGGCAAGGGAAUCGCAACCAAGUUCGUUGACGAAGGCGCCAAAGUCAUCAUCGCGGAUUUGUCGAAAGAUGCCGCCGAUGCCGUAGCAAAAGAGCUGGGAUGUCGUUCUUUGGUGGCCGAUGUAACCAAGCGAGAGCAUUGGCAAGCGCUGCUGAAGUUCUCUUUGGAUGAGUUUGGAGCCCUCGAUAUCGUGGUCAAUAAUGCUGGGACGACUUACAAGAACAAGCCGACGGUCGAAGUCACCGAUCAAGACUUUGACCUGGUCAUGGCCGUCAACGUCAAGUCGGUAUAUCUUUCAUCCAGUGUCCUCGUCCCAUACUUUCUGGAGAAGAAGCGACCCGGGGUUUUUAUCAACAUAGCCUCGACCGCCGGAAUUCGUCCACGCCCGGGACUCACAUGGUACAACGCUUCCAAAGCAGCUGUCAGUAACGCAACCAAGACCAUGGCUGUUGAGUAUGGUCCACAGAAGAUUCGAUUCAAUGCCGUUUGCCCCGUCGUUGGAAGCACGGGCUUAACUCACCUUUUCAUUGGGAAACCAGAUACAGAGGAAAACCGAGCUGGCUUCGUCUCAACAAUUCCCCUAGGACGCGGCAGCACUCCGAAGGAUGUGGCCAAUGCCUGCUGCUACCUAGCCAGCGAUGAGGCCGAGUUCAUUACCGGCGUAAACCUAGAGGUCGACGGAGGCCGAUGUGUGUAG